CCUGAGCCCCGCCCCAGGAAGCUGUAGCUUGGGCGCGAAGGUAUGGAUGAUUCUCACUGCGUGGGAGCUGAGUGAGGGAGCAACGCGGGAGAUCGACCCAGGAGACCAUGAGCACCUCCAGGCUCUACACGCUAGUGCUGGUGCUUCAACCUCAGCGAGUUCUCCUAGGAAUGAAGAAGAGAGGCUUUGGUGCUGGUCGCUGGAAUGGCUUCGGGGGCAAAGUCCAGGAAGGAGAGACCAUUGAGGACGGGGCUAAGAGGGAGCUGCAGGAAGAGAGUGGUCUGACAGUGGAUGCGCUGCACAAGGUGGGCCACAUAUCAUUUGAGUUUGUGGGUUCCCCCGAGCUGAUGGACGUGCAUAUCUUCUCUACUGACCACGUGCACGGGACGCCCACAGAGAGUGACGAAAUGUGCCCUCAGUGGUUCCAACUCGACCAGAUCCCCUUUGCAGACAUGUGGCCCGAUGACAGCUAUUGGUUCCCACUCCUGCUUCAGAAGAAGAAGUUCUGUGGGUACUUCAAGUUCCAAGAUCAGGACACCAUCCUCAACUACUCUCUGCGUGAGGUGGAUGAAUUCUAAUAUGGACGUCUGGCCUGUUCUGACCACAUUCAGGUUGCUACACAGCCACCAGCUGUUGGUCCAAGGGCACCACAAGGAGGGGCUGAUAUUCUACUGGAAUGAGAAAUGUCACUGAUAGAUUAAUAUGCCUGAAUACUUUGUCUCCACCUGCUGGUCCUGUUUUGGAAGGUUGUGGCAUCGUUAGGACGCAGAGCACUGAUGGGGUAACUGAAUCACUGGGGGUCAAAGAGAUGUGGGAUAGGCCUUAAGGUUUUAUAGGCAGGUGUUGUAAAAUAUUAUUUUAAGAUGUAUUACAUUUGUUUAUGCUGUGGAACACUUGUUUGAAUGAUGCAAAGAUGUGUUGCAUUCUUUUAUGUUUCAUUUGUUUAACCCUGUGAAGCUGUUUUACUUUGCCUGUUUAAAACAUGAUUGGGGCCGGGUGGUGGCGGCACACACCUUUAAUCCCAGCACUCUGGAGGCAGAGGCAGGCGGAUCUCUGUGAGUUAGAGCCUGAUCUACAAGAGCUAGUUCCAGGACAGGCUCAAAGUUACAAAGAAACCCUGGACACACACACACACACACACACACACACACACACACACACAUACCUGAUUGGUCUAAAGAAGAGCUGAAAAAGAGCUAAAAGAGCAAGAGAGAUCAAGGAGUGAGAGAGAAGGUGCCAGUUACCCAGCCUGCCACAGAGUAAGAGUAAAAGUAAGAUUUCAGAAGAAAAGGAAAAAACCCAGAGACAAAAGAUAGAUGGGGUAAUUCAAGAAAAGCUGGCUAGAAAUAAGCCAUGCUAAAGCUGGCAUUUAUAAGUAAUAAGAAGUCUCCGUGUAUAUUUAUUUGGGAGCUGGGUGCUGGGCCCCCUAAAAGAUAAUAAAAAACAGGUAGGUCCCACUUGCUGUCUACUCUCUGCUUCCUGAUGAUGUGACCAGCUACCUCCUACUCUUGCCACUAUGCCUUCUCUGCCAGGAUAGACUGUAGCCCCUCAACUAAUCCACAGACCAAAAUAAACUUGCUUGCUCCAAGUUGCUGUGUGAUUACAGCAUCAAGAAAAGUGGGGGCAUAGGUGACUGGAUAGGAAAGAAAUAGAGAUUUCACCAGGCACUGAGACAGCCACUACCUCAAACGGGGUGGACAGACACCAAAGGUUGAGGUGAGGACUCUUUUUAUGCAAGAGCGUCAAUCUGAAUGGAAAAUUAGAAGUUCUGAAAUGUUUGGUGGGGACAAGAGCAGGCAUCCAAAGAAAACUGAGGAGAUUAGGGCGCCAGGAGAGAAGCCAGAACCAUGGUUCUCAAGAGGCAGAGGGUAGUGGUGUCCCAGUGAAAGCCAAGCAGUUGGACAGCAAACCAGGACCUGGACUCCACCUGUGGGCUGAACUAGGAAGAGGAUCCUGAACAGUAAUGAGGGUGAAUAAAGCAAUCCAAGCAUGGGCAUCCAUGCUGUGAUCUAUUUUUUGCCUCACUCUGGAUGCAAUGUGCCCAGCUGGUGUUACACUAUGAGCCCCCUCCCCCAAAGUGACAGACUGCAUGAGCUAAAACAAACCCGUUCCCACUACAUUGCUUGCUUUU